AUGCCCUCGUCCUCGGCGCUAUUCUACGGCGGCCUCGCAGUCGCCAGCGCCGCCGUCAUCCAUGGCUAUGCCACUCGCCUUCCCGGCUUCACCGACGCAACCGAACUGCUAAGCACCGAAGCAUGCUUCACUCAGCCCUUCGCGCGCCAUCUCCCCCUUCCUCCCGCCCUCGACCAGGCCGCGUGCGCCCUCGCCUCGGCCUUUCGGUCCGUCCAAGGCCCCGGCCAGGUCUUAGCACACAUCCUCGGCGCUCUCCUAGUCCCAGCGACGACCGUGAUGGUAUACGAGUCCCUGCGUCCCGUACACUCGCUCACUGGAGUGGGGACAUUCGCCCGCCAAGCGAGUAUCUUCAUGCUCAUCGCCCAGGUGUUGGGUGGAGCAUGCUACGCGGCAUUCUUCCUCGCUGCCUCCCUCUCUACCACAGCGGGGGGUCGGGUCGCCCAUAAUCUGGCAAUGAAGGAACCAAAGCCAGGCAAGGCGUUGUUGAGAUACGCUCUUCCCCCUGCCCCGAAAGUUUGGGCCGUCCUAAUCGCUGUUUUGGGAUAUAUCGUGCCAUCCCUCCCACUAAUCGGAGGGUGGGGAUACACGUCCACGGCAAUCUGGCAAAUCUUCCCCCUCUUCGUGCUGCUCCUCGCCGCAGUUUCUCCACCCGUCAUCUCAUCCCUCUUCCCAUGGACACGCACCGACGGAUCGCGUGCGUUCGCCAUCGUCGCUCUCACUGUGAUCGGCGUCAUCCCAUCCGUCGUUGCCCACAUACAGUUCCUCUUCUCCUCCCCUCUCGACGCAUUCCUCCUCCGGUCCCAGCCAGACCCCAAGUCCUUGGGGUAUGCAAUGCACGUGCUCCUCCUUGCCGACCUGGUUGUCAUCGCCGGCGCCAACGCCAGCUACGUGUUGACUGCCGACGGGGGGAGCGGACCUGAUAUCCGCGGCCGGUUCUUGCUGUUUGGGUUGCUGACUUUGGUGAUUGGGCCUGGUGGCGCGCUCGCCCUCAUGUGGGGGUAUAGGGAGAUUUGCCUUUCGUUCGCCUAUGAGCGUAUCAGUCAGGGGGAUGCCGUGCGGAUCGAGGAGGACACGAGCGCUAUCGAAAAGUAG